AUCCACAAUAGCCCAUUGACUGUCACUGACUCUGUACUAUUAUUGCGCGCCGCCGCCAAAGAGAUCUCAAUUUACUUUGUCUUUCAAUCCACCACCAGCUUUCCUUUUUCCUUCUCCUUCUUCUUAUUCUCUUCCCUCCCAUCUUCGGUCGCCCCAUGAUACCGCCGCCACUCAUUUGAUCCUACACCUUAAACCUUAAAAACAAUAAUCAUCCUCUUCGCGAUUCUCUUCACAAACCACCCAAGAUGUGGCCUUUCGACAUCGUCGACUGGCUGAUGCUCGCCGUCCCAAUCGCCUACCUCUUCGUCCUCAUCGGCUCCCUCGCCGUCUUCAGCUCCCUUUAUCGCAAGCGAAAGGCCGCCAGCGCCGCCUCCCUCGAGCCAUGGUUCCCCCCGCACCUCCAGCGCAACGUCUACAUGUCCCUCCUCCACAUGGAGAACCCCAAGGUCCCGGACAGCAUCCUCAAAGCCGCAUUGUUGCGAAGAGCAACUGAGGACAUCCACCGCAUCGUGCAGGUCAGGAAUGCGAAGCAAGCGCUACAGGUCCUGCUGCAGAGGGGCAGCGUCGGGGAUGAUUUGUGGAAGAGGUUUCAGAGGGCGGAGAAGGAGAUCGAGGAGGAGUUGAGGGAUGUGGUCAGCGAGGCCAAUGCAUUCGCACCGAAUUGGGGUCAGACUAUCUUCCAAUCCGCUUCAGAAAUGGCACAGAACACACACAUCCGGGAACGCCUGAACGAUAUAUUGUCUACAUCACAGUCCGAGAAGGAGUGGUGGGAGAAGCGAAAGGCGACCAUCCAGUCGGAAUUCAUGAAGGAGCUAGAUGAUGAGAAGGAGGCGAGCGUGGUCAGUCCUGUCAAGGGUAGCGAUGACGAUGCUGUCCUCGUUGAGGGUGGUGGUCCUGCAGACUCGCUGAAAGGCAAGAAGAAGAAGGGAAAGAACUGAGUCGAACCCAGAGAUGGGACUUAUGAUAGGAGAGAGAUGAAUGAGGCCGCAGUGGAGCCGGCACACUCGUAGGAGCAGCGCAUAAACAGCAUUACUAUUGGCUGCGAAAAACGCAGGAUCGAGGGAGGGCAGGACAAAGGUGUAUAGACAGACGUAUCAGACAUUGCAUUGCCGGCGUUGAGGAAUUGGAGUUUGACACGGACAACCGUGGAAUCAUCUCCCCACCUGGCGCUGGAAAGAAGCGGCGCAAACGCUUCUCGUGUACGAACACAUUUCGAGUUUUAUUUUUCCUUUCAAUCAGACUUUUGAUAUUCUCAUCUCAGGUGUUUGUUUCCUUGAUGUGCUUUAAAUUGCAAUGCUACUUGACGCCAU